UGUGUUGAGGGGGUUUGGCAAAUAGUGUGGGUAGAGUCAGUAAAGAGAACCUAUCAAGAACAUUGAACUGUAAAUAAAAAAUACUCCUUCCAAAGGUCUCGUAUUGGGAAGCACAAUGUCAGAUACGGAGGUUGAGACCAAGCCUUCGAGUCAUGGAGGAGAGGAGAAGAAAGAUGGAGAGUACAUUAAACUGAAGGUGAUUGGCCAGGAUAACAGUGAAAUUCACUUCAAAGUGAAGAUGACGACACAUUUAAAGAAGCUAAAAGAAUCCUACAGUCAAAGACAGGGUGUCCCGAUGGCUACUUUAAGGUUUCUCUUUGAGGGACAGAGACUCACCGACAACCAAACUCCCAAAGAGCUUGGGAUGGAAGAUGAAGAUGUCAUUGAAGUUUAUCAAGAACAGACUGGUGGUUAUUGGAACGACUAGGAGAGAAACAAAUUUUUUUUUUUUUUUUUUUUUUUUAGUUUUUAAUUAUGCUAUUUUAUCUUAUUUUUUAUGUAUGACAUGUUAUUCUGUGGUUGUUGUAUUUGAUAUUCCCAUUGGUGGGGAGAAGAGAGCAUUUAACCAUCUGGAUCAACGUAUCCCCACUUGCUAUUGAUUCUAGAUUAUUCUAGAAUGUUCUAAAAUCUAAAAUGUUCUACAAAAGCUGUUGAGCCAGAAAAAGGUGUGAAUGAACGAAAGAAUAUGAUUUCCUUCUCUAAAGUAGCGUUCAUCUCUCUGUCUCUCUCUCUCUCUCCCUCUCUCUCUCUCUCUCUCUCUCUCUCUCUCUCUCUCUCUCUCUCUCUCUCUCUCUCUCUCUCUCUCUCUCUCUGACUUUCAUCUCUCUUGUAUACCUCACAUGCGGGAUGCAAGUCAGGACGUGUGUGCUUCGUGAGAUCACAGAUACAGUGACUUGUUGUGUUCUGCCCAAAGCUCAGGAUGAUCUCUCAUCGUGAUACUCCACUGCCGGACUGUGUGUGUGUGUGUGUGUGUGUGUGUGUGUGCGUGUGCGUGCGUGUGCGUGUGUGUUUUCUCUUAUCAAUCUGCAAUCUGUUGUGUGAUUUUCAGUAGGGCAGAUCUCCUAUGCAGUAGUUCCUGUGUCUCUGUAGUCUGUCUGUGCUGUGGAUUCCUCAUGUCUACGACGACAAACCAGACUACUGACUUCAGUGAGCCAAAGAGAGUAGAUUAGAGUAAGAUACGUCAAGCCAGUGCAUUUCCUGGAUCCGCGUGGUGUCCUCCCUUGCUCACUUGCCUGCUUGUGACCUCGUGAUGACGUCACUGGCGACAGAAAAUUAAUUAAAUGUCUUGGAAAAUCGCAAUUCUAAUAUCAUUUUCUCAUUUGCAAUCGGGAGGUUGAAUGAAGAACAGUCCCCCAAAAGUUAUUGUGGCUAGGCUGACAGCGGGGAAACUUAAUUGUUUUCUCCACGGAGGUGGGGCGUCAGCAAAACGCGAGGCCACAAGCACAAGUGGAGGACGGGAGUCCGCAUAUUGGAAUUCACCCUUUUAAGUGAGCCAUGUCAUGCGGACUGAAGUGAUGUUCUGUGGUGACAUGGGGUUGUGGGAGCCCACCACGUUUACCACAAGACUACCCACACUAAACCAGCCCCUUUCCCUCUGCUUCAUUUUGUGUGUUUGAUAAAUUGAUGUAAUAGAUGAGAGCUUACAAAUUAUUCACAUGUACUGUACUACGUACCUCACUAAUUCAUUACUCUGUGCUCAUACAUGCAAGCAGAGAAAUUCAAAUUAUUGACUUAGUCUGACCAAUAUCAGAGUUUUAAAAGCCAUGUGCACACCUUAUUCGAGCUGUAUCGAAUAGAAGUAGAGUUUGAGAAAUUAGACUACCCUUGCCAGGUAACAUGGUUGUAGCUGGAUUGCAGAUAGCAGAACUAACUAUGCUGGCAUGUACCUGAAUACAGCAUAGUCAAGUUAUUGACUAGACAUUCACCAUUCUGGAACCACUCUCCCUUCGAAAAGUUAACUUUUUGAUGCAAACAUCCUCAAUGGUUAAAGAUUACUUCCAAUAGUUUGACUAAGCUGUGCAUGUAAACUUUGCUGAUUGGUCAACCAUGCCAACUUUGCCAGACAAAUACCUACAGAGGGAGCAAAACAUAGGGUGUUUUGAGGUUAGGGUGCGCACGCACAUCCACGAAAAUAGUGAUCCAGGUGCCAGACAAAAGUGGUAGACAGUUUGAUUGAAAGGUACACACACUGGGCAUGAGCUCCAAAAAAUAUAAACUUUAUUUCAUUACCAACGGCAAUGUUUGGAUCCACCAGUGCGAUCCUCCUCAGGCCUCGCCUGCCGACCUUUCCAUCACACAGCAAAACCCAGGGUGCUACUGUAGGUAGACAAGAUAGUCAGGCUAGAAUAACCAGGACAGCUGUGGUUUUCUGUAGUUUUAGCUUUGUUUUGGGUGUUUGUAUGCUAAUCGUUAUUCCUUUGUGAAGUUUAGCCAGUGAUGUUGGCUAACUUGUCACGUUUCAUUUUUGGCUAAGGCUGCAGCAUGGAAAAACUGAGCAUCAGGAUAGGUUUCCCAAGUAUUAGGAAGCAACUUUUCCAGAGUUUUCUGUGUACACAAAGCAACUCUGGUUUAAAGAGCCAGAAGAUUUAGUAGGUCAUGCUUAGCCUGAAAGUGACUUGGCUUGUCUGUCUGUCUGUCUGUCUGUGUGUGGCGCUAAAUACAUUUCACAGAGAGGAUAUAGCAAUGUCUCACUCUUAGGAGUCACUGGGUGAAGAAUAAAAAAAUAUUCUACCGGUAAGCUCUUGGCUACACAAAUUUAAAAACAAAUUAAACUGCAAGAAUGUUAUAACUUAUUGACAAAGCACCUAAUAAGUUUUUUAAACGUGUGCGCGUGUGCGUACGUGCGUGUGUGUGUGUGUGCGCGCGGGUGACUGAGAGACAUACAGUAAUUGCUGUAUGCUUUUUAACAGAUUUAUUUUUUGAAAAAGAUUUUCUACGUCAGCUUUCAGAUCACAUGUAAGCCAGUAAUCAUUCUUAUUUAUUUGGUGACAGUUUGACUCUUGUUUUUUUCUGCUUUUGAAUGCUGGCAUGUUCAUUGUAUUGCUUUUCAUUUCUAAUUAAGGACACUGGUGAAAUGAGGUGUGUGUGUGUGUGUGUGUGUGUGUGUGUGUGUGUGUGUGUGUGUGUGUGUGUGUGUGUGUGUGUGUGUGUGUGUGUGUGUGU